AUGAGUACGGAGGCUGUGAAACAGAAAUUGCUCAUGGUGGCGAACCUGGGGGUGUACUUCGAUUUCCCUCCCGAACAGAUCCAGGCGUAUACCCGGGAGGUGGUGUCGUUCCUCAAAAACCACAAGGACACCGUGGACAACAUCGAGUAUUUCAACCUUUUGGAGCUCCAGUUCUGGCUCGAUAUCUUUACCAGCCGUGAUGUUGACGCCAAAAUCGUCUUAGACCGCAUCAGCGACCAGUUUGCCCUGGUAGGGACGCUGCUGCGGCUUAAGAUUCUCCAGCUGGCGUACUACGAAGCUCAGGGGGAUGUGGAACGAGCGAAAAAAGUGCUUGGUGAUGAUGCUAACCAACUCAGAUUACAGCGCCGUCUCACCACCUUCCAGCGCCAGAACCCUGAAGCCUAUAUCACCGCGUUGAACCGCUACCUCGACACCUGUGGGCUGGAUCUCAUGGCGUGGUCGGAGCUAGCCACUCAGUACACCAACACCGGCCACUACGACAUGGCCGCCUACAGUUACCAAGAAAUCCUUCUCCAGGAGCCGCUGGCGUACCCGUUUUGGUUCCGCGCUGGCACUAGCUACUACCAACAAUACUUGCAACAACAGAAGUCGUUGAAGCCGCAACCGGCAAUUGAGCUAUUAGACCUUGCCCUUAAGCACUUCGCCCGCAGUGUUGAGCUUUGCCACGUCUACGACAACGGGUGGAAGGGGAUCCAGCUGCUUGUGGACCUAGGUGUCCCCGCCAAAUUGAAGUCGGCUCCUGGUAGCGACGCCUACGCCAAGCAGCUAGCCAAGCUCAAACCGCUUAUCCCUACUUCCACUACUAACUGA